CCUCCUCCUCCUCCUGGUCUUGAAGCGACACUCUGACUGAAUCGACAUCACGGAAUGAGAUUAUGAAUAUGGAACCCUCGAAUUAUUGUACACAGUACUAGCACGCAGAGAGUAUCGCCGCUGCUUGCGUCCGACGAUCUCGUUGCACUACUCACUCUUUAUUGUCGCGGUCUGCAGGGCCACGCCGAGGGCGCAAUGAUUCUGCACGGCCUGAGUCGCAUCGUCUCCUGUAGAGCUGGCCAAGACGUGCUAUAGAUUCAGAGGCUAUGCCGUCUGGCUAGAUUUCAAGAUCACGCCUCGAUCGCGCCGUUCAAGUUGUUCACCUGCCAAACGCCGUGGUGUGGAUUGGCGGGACAAAUCAUGCCACCGCGUCGCCGUGUCGCGCUCUUCCAUCUCUUGAAUUUGUUCAUCAUCCCUGCCCUAGGGAAGCUAUAUGUCACCGUGCCCGUUGACGGGACAACCUGGAGCGCAGGGCAGAAUCAGACGCUGUCUUGGAAGGACGACGGGUCCGAGCCAACCCUCGCCAAGUUCAAAGACGCAAGCGUAGGCAUCUACGUGGGAAGCUCGACCGUCCAGACGCUGGUCCAGGAGAUCGUGGCAAGCGUCGACGUCGCCACCACGGAGUCAAUCGUAUUCACGCCGGACCCCUCCGUGGGGACCAACGGUGACUACUACUUCAUCCGCUUCCAGUCCCUCGCCCUCAAGGACGCGAACAACUCCGCCUUCCCCGCAGAGGCGUUCUCCGCGACGUUCACGAUGAACGGGAUGACGGGCGCGUUCAACGAGUCCGAACGCGCCGAGAUCGGCUCCAUCGCUCCCGCGGCUACCGCUCCCGCGGGCACCGCCCAGUCUGCGGGCGCGAUGGCUGCCACGGCGGGGUUCAGGAUUCCGACGAGCUCGCAUGACCCCGAUGCGAUGCCCACGUCGACCGCGGAUGCUGCUGCAAACGGCGCGGCGCAUCGUGUCGAGGGUGUCUCUAUCGGGGUCGCGUCGGCGUUCGCUGCGCUGUUGUUAGCGCUAUGGGUUGUGUGACGGACUUCGGAGUGUGAAAGGACAAGUUAGUUCGUUCGCUUCAUUCGUUGUUGGGCUUUGGUUAGAUUUGUAUCUUUAGCAUACAGGGCUGUAUCAUGACUAGCAUACACUUUGAUAAAUCUGGAAGCCUGUAGACAAGGACAUCGAGGAACAACACACAGAUGCCAGACCCGAGAGUUAGUGACACGUUCGAGAGACACGGCUAAUCGAGAACGUCAUACGUCGUCCGCAUGAUAUGGUCCGCCUUCCGCCCCGUGUGUCUCACGAAGCCCAUAUAGUCAAGCGUAUGCAGCGCGCGCAUGAACCGCGCCAGCACCUCCUCCCGCCACUCCUCGCUCUCCUCCUCCUCACUC